GUAGUGGUGUUGUAUUUUGUUUGCUUUGGAAGAGAAUUGUGUUGUGUGUACAGGCAAAACAGCAGCGAGCCCAUUAAUCACAAAGGAUCCAGGUCAUGGAGGAGGAGGAGAUCCAGGAAAUGCGGGACUUGAUUGCCCAAUUGAAAGCAGACAACGAACGAUUACGACAGGAACAGUCACGCUCUGCCCCAGAGGUUGAUGCGAGCCAUGGUGGUCUGGGGGCUGUCCUCUCCCAACAACAGGACGGGGUGGUGCGUCCUAUUGCUUACGCCAGCCGAGGAUUAAGGCCAACUGAACGCAAUAUGGAUAACUACAGCUCCAUGAAACUUGAAUUUUUAGCCCUUAAAUGGGCCAUGACUGAAAAAUUCAGAGAGUACUUGUUGGGCCAUAAAUGUCUUGUGUUCACUGAUAACAAUCCCCUCAGUUAUCUUAGUACUGCCAAGCUGGGUGCCACUGAACACCGAUGGGCUGCACAACUUGCCUCCUUUGACUUCAAGAUUCAGUACCGGUCAGGGCGUACGAACAGGAACGCAGAUGCCCUUUCCAGAAAACAUCCAUCUACCGGAGAACAGGUUGGUGCUCUUCUUCCAGGGAGUAGCCUGCCUGAAUCCCUGCAGCUGAUGAUGGAGAGACAGGAUGCUAUGCUGCCAUUACAGUCCUCCCUGAACGCACCACAAAGGAUAUCAUUCCUGAGGCAGUGGGAUCGCCUGGUGGAGAAGGAUGGUGUCCUCCACCGCAAGACCUUCCGUCCCGAUGGUGCUGAGGAGAUGCUACAGCUGUUGCUGCCCACAGCCUUGAAGGAGGAGGUCCUGACGCAGGCUCAUCAGGACCAUGGCCAUCAAGGGACUGAGGCUUCUGUGGUGGCGGUGGUGACCCCUGGAGGCGGAAACCACGGAGGACGUCCGGGGGGCGUCCGCAGAGCGGUGGCCGGACACCUGGAGGCGGGUCCGGCGGACGUUGAUAGCGCCAAGGGAGGCGGCGACGAGGAGUCUCUGGUGCCACCCGGAGGCGGCGACGAGGAGUCUCUGGUGCCACCCGGAGGCGGCGACGAGGAGUCUCUGGUGCCACCCGGAGGCGGCGACGAGGAGUCUCUGGUGCCACCCGGAGGCGGCGACGAAGGGACACGGGAGGAGCACUAUGAGGCUGGGGCUCAAGAGGAACACAAAGAGCUGGAGUCUCGGGAGGAGCUCUAG